CGUCCACAGUUGCUUUUCCGGCCAUUCUAAUCCCGCUUUCACCUCCUCCUCCUCGGCGCCAUCAUUCCCUCCUUCCACUUCACUCCACUCGCCGAGCUCUUACUGCGUGCGAAGCUAGCUAGCCGCCGGCUGGCGUGUGGUGCUCUUCUCUACUCUGCUCUGCUCGCACCUCGGGGACAUGUCGAAGAAAAUCGUGGUGAAGCUGGAGUUGCACGACAACAAGGACAAGCAGAAGGCCUUGAAGGCCGUGUCGGCGCUCGUCGGCAUCGACGCGCUGUCCAUGGACAUGGCGGCUCGAAAGAUGACGGUGGUGGGCAUGGUGAAUCCGGUGGAGGUGGUGAGCAAGCUGCGCAAGGCGUGGGCGGCGUCCAUCGACUCCGUCGGCCCGGCCAAGGAGCCCGAGAAGGAAGGCGAGGACAAGAAGGACGGCGACGGUGAGAAGAAGCCUGCGCCGAUGACGGCGGAGCAGCAGCAGCAGCUCGUGGCCGAGCUCAUGAACCAGUACAGAUCGGCUUAUUACAAUCCGUACAUGAACACCCACUACGUCGUGCAGAGCAUGGAGGAGAACCCCAACUCCUGCACCAUCUGCUAAUCAAGAGCUCAAUAUAUGUUCGUGACAUAGAAAAAGAAGCCGCCAGCAGCUAUCUGGUUCUGUUGCGGCGUGUGCGUCGCCGGAGUCUCACGUAUGACGGUAUGAUCAGGGUGGAUCGGUGGACAUGCAUGGUGAAACUUUGCUACAGUAUAUGGGAUAAAUAUAACUGUAAUGAUGUGUGACUGCAAUUUUUGGUUUUGUCAUAUACUCAUAUGUAUGUACGUACAUUAUUCCCUUAAAAAACUACGUAUUCAGAUUAAGAA